AAAAAAAUACCUUUGAGGGGUGUUCCUCUGCGCCGUCAGUGCGGUGUUGGUUAUUGGAGAGGUGCGCGGUCACCGUUACGCAUUUCAGCAGAACACCGCACGCAGGAUGGCCGAGAGUCACGGCGAUAUCAGCGGCCAGGACUGUCGGCGACCGUCUCCGGUACAAACCUUUGACCACAGAUCCUCCAAGUGGGUCCGUUUGAACGUCGGCGGGACGUAUUUUCUGACCACCAGACAGACGCUCUGCCGGGACCCCAAAUCAUUCCUGUUCCGGCUGUGCCAAGCGGAACCAGACCUCGAUUCUGAUAAGGAUGAGUCUGGGGCGUAUUUGAUUGACAGGGAUCCCAUGUAUUUCGGGCCUGUGCUGAAUUACCUCAGACAUGGGAAGCUGGUCCUCAACAAGAACCUGUCAGAGGAGGGAGCUCUGGAAGAAGCCGAGUUUUACAACAUCACAUCAUUAAUAAAACUCAUCAAAGAAAAGAUCAGUGAAAGAGAAAGCAAGACGACACACACUCCAGUCAAGCAUGUUUACAGAGUGUUACAGUGUCAAGAGGAAGAACUUACGCAGAUGGUCUCGACCAUGUCAGACGGAUGGAAGUUCGAGCAGCUUGUCAGUGUAGGUUAUGGGCGGGCCCAGAAGUCAGAGUUUUUCCUGAUUGUGUCUCGAGAGGUGAAGGGGGAGGAGUCAAGCCAAACUCACCCCGCCCACAGUGGAGAGUUGGUCAGUAUUGGAUCCUCCUAUAACUAUGGUAAUGAAGAUCAGGCGGAGUUCUUGUGUGUUGUUUCUAAGGAACUGCACAACCAAUCAUACAGCAGCAGCACUCAACCCAGUGAGAAAGCCAAGAUUCUACAGGAACGCGGUUCUAGAAUAUGAUUAUCUAGAGCUGCCAUGUUUUGAGAUUCAUCAGUUCUUUCUAGAACAUUCCAUGAGCUUGUUCUCUUCACGCCUCAAGAGCACUGGACACCUGACGCAUGCAAGCAGCACAAGAAGAGCACGUCCACUCUGAUCCAGUCUUUAUGGUGCCUGUUAAUCUGAAUUUAAACCGGGAUGCUUGUUUGUUUUGAUCUUCAUGGAUUCAGAGACUGAUUUGGAUUCUCUGGUCAGGAUCUGGGAAACUGGACCCAUGUCAAUCUCAGGGAUCAAAAGGAAAUGGACACGUCGCUUUGAAUCGCUGCCCACCUGUUAGCACAAUCAGUUCAAUGGACAUACAGUGGGAUCCAUAAGUGACAGUACUUAAAUUUCAUACUUUUCUUUACAAAUCUCAGUAUUUUGUUUGUCUCCCUUUUUCUUUAAUCAGUGACAAACUGACCUGAUGCUCUUGUUCUCCUGCACGAUUUGCAAUGUUUCCAAGAGCAUCUUGAGCUUCAGAAGCAGAAGGAAAAUCUGGGCGUCUGUACGAAGAGUCACAUGAUCAAUGUCAUUUAUUUUCUUACAUUUGAUUAGUCACACAGAACUAGUACAUAAUAUGAAAUAUGAUGUCUUCAUUCAACACUUCAAAAAAGAAAAUUACUUUUCUAACUUUUUUUUUGUUUAAAGAUUUAAAUUGUAAAAAAUCCCAGAUUUUUAUUGUGGUCUCAGACUUUUGGAACCCACUGUUUUAUGAUUUAUAUACGCGACAAUAAGGAUUUGGAAAAUCAGUACAAAUUUUGCAGUAGCACCAUGGUUGGGCACAAAUUAUUAUGCAAGAUUGUAGAGCUGAGUAAUAUUUCUUAGUGUUAAGAUUUUAGCUACAUUAGCGUUCAAAAGUCUGGGGAUGGUAAGAUUUUUCAAUAUUUUUGGUAAGCAGUCCCUGCAUUAAUAUAGUAACAGUAAUAUUGUUAAUUAUUAUUGCAGUUUUCUUUUGUAAUAUUUUGUAAAAUGUAAUUUAUUCCUGUGACCAAAGCUGAAUUUUCAGCAUCAUUACUUCAGUCUUCAGUGUCACAUGAUCCUUUUAAUAUACUGAUUUUGCUGCUCAAGCAAAUAAAAGUAUUAUUUUCAUGCAAAAAAAAAAAAAAAAAAAAAAUCUUACUAAGCCCAAACUUUUGAAGGAUAGUAUAUAUCUACAACACAUUUUACUGGAAACCUGUAUGUUUUUUUUUUAACUCCUUUUAAAAAAUGAUUGCUUUUGCACUACUGCUAUUAUUAUUAUUAUCAAUGCAAUAUUUUCGAGGUAUCAGUGAACUGCUGUUAAGAAAUGUGUUAGUGUAUCUUAUUACUGAACCCUUGGCUGGAUCUUAAAGGGAAGGAGCUUUUCUGUCUGUCCACCAAGAGGAGAGACAGGAUACGUGAAGCAUUUAAAUGACACCUUGCCUUUCCUGAUCAUGCACAUUUUGAUAUGUAUUAUAAGGACACAGUGUAUGCGUUUGUAUGUCAUUUUGAAAAUGCUAACAUCUAAACUUGUACUGCAAAAUCACGUCACACUGAAGUAGCUGAAUGUAGCAACACUCAUCCGCACACUUUUAAGAUACAAAUGCAUUUUUAACAAAUAGUCAUGUGUCUGUGUGU